AUGGAUUUUGUAUAUGCUCCACCCCCACCACCACCACCUAAGAAAUCUGGUGCUAAUAAUUCUAAUAAUUCUAAUAACCGAGGGAACCUAGAUAAAAGGAAUCCGAACCCUAAUAAUAGAUUCAAUAAUAACCCUGUGAAAGAGGAUAGAUCAGCACUGCAAGAUCCGAAUGCUUUGGGGGAUUUACCAACAUACUUGCCAAAUAGUUCAAAUGAUGCGAAUGAAUUGAAGCACAAAGAAGGUAGUGAAGAUGAAGAGAGAGUUUUAGCACAAGACUGUCCGGAAACUCAAAGCAAAUCAAAUGAACCAGUAUUUAUAUCAGGGACAAAUAUAACCUUGGAGACCGAGGAAGAUAUUAACAAAUGGAUAGAAGAAAGAAAAAAGAAAUGGCCGUCAAGACGUAAUUUAGAAGAAAAGGAGAAAAGCCGUCAAGAACAGGACAAUACGUCUACGAAUCCAAAGAAAAGAAUUAAUGAAACAAGUGGUACGCAGAAUUCCAAGAAGCCUAAGAAUAUAUGCAAGUUCUAUCAAAAUAACAAAAGAUGCAAAUUUGGGAAUAAAUGUAAAAAUGUGCAUGAAUCUACUGGAAGUGGUGGAGGAAAGCCUCAAAAUUCUAAAACUAUCAACAAUAUACUGGUUGUGAUACCCCAAAGAUUCAAAAAUGAGAUGUACCUAAACGAGAAAGAUACAAAUGCACAUCCAUUGCUAUUCAAGAUGCUAGUACAAAAGGAUCAUUAUGAGAAUGAAAAUAGUAAAGUUUUGGAAUUUUUAGAAUUUUUAAAUGAAAAAGGUCUAAUUGACCAUGAUGUGACAAUAUAA